AUGAAAGGAAUCUCAGACGAACCACAUUUUUCAGUGGGCCUUCUGGAAAGCGGCACAUCUCUCAGUGAUGUGAUUGACAAUCACAUAUAUGAACAAACCUUGUCUGAGAAGAAGGCAUUCUUUGUUGCUGACCUCGGAGUUAUAAUGAGACGGCACGCCCGCUGGCAAACACACAUGGCCCAAAUUCAUCCCUUCUAUCCUGUCAGGUGCAACAGCAGCCCAGGUGUUAUUGAAGUAUUGGCUGCACUUGGCACCGGAUUCAUAUGUAGCAAUAAGUAUGAACUCGAGCUAGUGCAAAGCCAUGGAAUUCCCUCAGAAGAUAUCAUCUACAGUGGGGUUUGUAAACAAGUUUCCCAAAUCAAGUUUGCUGCAAAGAACGGCAUUGACCUCCUAGUGUGUGAUAAUGAAGCAGAGCUGCGCAAGAUUUCACUCUCCCAUCCGAAUGCCAAGCUUCUCCUUCAGGUGUCAACAAAAGAAUCUGGCCUGGACAGUGAGCUGAGCAUGUCAUUUGGCUGUUCCCUCAAAGACUGUCGCCAUCUACUGGAGAAAGCAAAGGAGCUUGGUGUUCAGGUGGUCGGAAUCAGAUGCCUAAUUUCAAAUGAUUGCAAGGACAAGAUGUAUACUAAUGCUAUCUCUGAUGCUCGUUGUGUUUUUGAUAUGGCGGAGGAAAUUGGUUUCAAAAUGAAAAUAUUGGACAUUGGAGGCGGCUUUGGUGGCUCUGAGAUGCAGCUGGAGCUGAUUAGUCACGCAGUCAUGUCUACGGUGGACCAAUACUUUCCCCCUCUUAGCGGGGUUAGCAUCAUUGCGGAACCCGGCAGCUACUUUGUUUCCUCUGCUUUAACCCUCGCCGUCAACAUCGUAUCCAAAGAGGUGGUGAUGCACGGCGUCCGAGAUCAAGCUCAUGAUGAUCCAUCUCCAACUGAUGAGCCCAAGUUCCAGUACUACUUGAAUGAAGGAGUCUAUGGAUCCUUUGCCUGUAAACUCACUGAAAUGGUCAUCGCUGCUCCCACUGUUCAAAUGAACACUUGUUCGAAAGGUCCGGUGUUCAGCAGUAGACUGUGGGGCCCAUCUGGUGAUGACCUUGACCUAGUGAUGCAGCACUGUCUGCUGCCAGAGCUCAACAUUGGGGAUUGGCUCACCUUCAGUAACGCAGGGGCCUAUUCUGUCGGCCAGCCUCUUUGUACCUCUGACUCACCCACACCACCUGUAUUCUACGUCGUCUCAGCGAGAGACUGGUAUGAAAUGCAAGAUUCGGGCGUCACCCAGGAGGCAACACUGAAGAACUUCUCAUUGUUCCCCUAUUUGUUCACUGCCUGCAUAACAGAUGCGGCACUUUCUAUCCCAGCUUAG